AUGUUAGCCGGUAAAACUAUUUUUUCCAAGAUAGACCUCGUCAGGGCGUACCACCAAAUCCCGGUCGCUGAGGAAGAUAUCCCAAAGACCGCUAUCACGACACCCUUUGGGCUGUUCGAAUUUAUUCGCAUGUCUUUUGGUUUGCGCAAUGCUGCCCAGUCGUUUCAGCGCUUCAUCGAUGAGAUCUUGCGGGGCCUUCCAUUCGCUUACGCCUACAUCGACGACAUACUCGUCGCAAGCUCUUCUGCAGAGGAACAUGCCUCGCGUUUACGCCUCAUAUUCGAUCGUUUCCAACAACACGGUUUGCAAUUUAACGUCGACAAAUGCGUUUUUGGCGUUAAUCCUCUCGAUCUCCUUGGCCAUCACGUCGAUCAGCACGGAAUCACUCCACUUACAGAGGUGCAAUGCAUCUUGUCUUUCCCUGUUCCCAACACACUCACUCAGCUGCGACGUUUCAUAGGCCUUAUCAACUAUUACAGACGUUUUAUUCCCCAUUGUGCGGCAAUCCUGGCUCCCUUGACUGACCUUUUGAAGUCCAAAGCAAAACCUAUUGAACUUUCCCCGGCAGCCCAUGCAGCUUUUGAGGAAGCGAAGAAGGCUCUUGCCGAUGCCACCAUGCUGCACCGCCUCAGCUCUGACGCUCAUGCACAGCUCAUUUUGACCACUGACGCUUCCACCACUGCUGUCGGCGCAGUCUUGCAUCAACAGGUGAAUAACCAGUUUCAGCCUUUAGCUUUCUUUUCACAGAAGCUACAACCGGCGCAGACUCGCUACAGUACUUUCCCUCGCGAGCUCCUUGCCAUCUACUUGGCCAUACGUCACUUUCGACACCUUUUAGAGGGCAGAGACUUUCCGGUCCACACCGACCACAAACCUCUCACUUACGCCCUGA